GGAAGUCGAAACCGUAUAUCAUCCUCAAUCGCCACCUGAAACUCUAGCUCUGAUCAAAACGGUCAAAACGACGUCGUAGCGCGGAGGGUGGAACCCUAAAAAUGGCAGCGGAGGGAACAACGAAGAAGAUGAUAGCGACGCAGGAGGAGAUGGUGGAGAAUCGGGUGCCGAUAGCGUAUCGGGACCAGUGCGCGCACUUGCUGAUCCCUCUGAACAAGUGCCGCCAGGCCGAGAUGUACCUGCCGUGGAAGUGCGGCAACGAGCGCCACGUGUACGAGAAGUGCGAGUACGAGCUCGUCAUGGAGCGGAUGCUCCUGAUGCAGAAGAUCCGAGAGAAGGAGGCCCAGAUUCAGCAGGGACUCGCCAUCCCUCUCAUUCCCAAGACCGCCGGCGCUUAGAGGAAGCUGAAUUUCGUGAGCUGUGGAUAAUUUGAUGCUUUUCACUGCUGAUGAUGAUAAAUUUCAUGGGACUGUACUGAGACAAUUGUUAUAGACUGUCCUUUUCUUUUCUCAGUUGUUCAACCAAUUUCAACAUAUUGAAUAAAUUAAAUUCCUCAUUUGCCGGAUUUUGUAUUGGUACUCUGGAAGGGUAAUUGCAUGUUUGAGCUUUGCUAUUA